AUGUCUUCAUCAUCAUAUCCACCGUCAUCACAAUGCCGACAACGACGAGCACAUCGGCGGCAAGCACGGAACUCAGAAUCCCACAUCGAUCCAUCUCUUCAACUCGAAUGGGAACAGGAGAAAAAAAUCUUGCGAGAGUCACUCGGUACAGCUUUUCAAGGAGUCAAGAACCAGUUAACUGGCGCGGUCAACAAGAUUGGCCGGAUCGUGUCCAAUCUUCAAGGCGAGAUACCCAAUCACCCUCUCGAGGAUGCACAGCAACAACGAGGAAGGCCAGAAUCAAUAGCAGACAGCUAUGUCCAUGUGGAUCUGCCUACACUCCCGGGAGUCCCACCGCGGCCCAUCGCAGGGAGCGCAUACCGUACAACGAGUUAUCGAGAUGACAGGAAGAGCAAAGCGGAUGUGAGAGACAUUUACUCCUCGAUACGACGAAACAAGUCUCUGGACAGCGCAGCGCGAAGACCCAGAGCACAGCGACGGGAGGCGGAGAUCGAGGACGAUGAUGAGUCGAGAGCGACGUUGAAGAAAUUUGGCCGAAGGUGCGGAGCGUUGCCUGCGAAGAAACAGCAGCGGAACGUACAGAACUGGCUGGGCGCAGUGGUCGAAGGAUCGGAAUCGCAGAGCGAGGAGGUAUCGCGUGAAGAGGAGGAAGAGAUCGAAGAGGGCGAGUGGGCGAUGCAGGGGUUAAGCGUAUUCGACGAUUCGGACGACGAUGAGGUGUACGGACAUUCGUUCGCGUGUGAUCGGAUCGCUCGAAAACUGAGGCGUCAGGCGAAGAAGCAGCGGGCGAGCGGCGAAGAGGUGGAGCUGGAGAAUGAACAGGGCGAAUGCGAGGUGCCAGUCGAAGAAGAAAGCGAGAAGGGGCGGUUCGCGCCAGAUGCAAGACCUGCAUGA